AUGUACCCACCGCACACAGUCACCGCCACCCCACCCGGCCACUUACCGCCCUGCCAGCUGGGGCUGGAAGCCCAGCUCUGCCCUCGGCUCUGGCUCCCCUGUGAGUUCCUUGUCUCUCCUCUCGGAGCUUCAGACUGUCUUCAGGGGAAACGUGAAGAGCAGCAGCAGCAGCAGCAGCUUAAAAUAUCUCAGGUAUAUGAAGAUGUCGCCUAUAUUUUCCACUCAAACUUGACCAAUCUCAGGUUUGAAACGAGAGAGUCUGCUGCUAUUAACCAAAAACCAGGAUUUAAUAUGAAGAGCCAAAACACCAGAGGAUCAGAGCUGAGAAUCAUUCUGGUGGGCAAGUCAGGGACUGGCAAAAGUGCAACUGGAAACAGCAUCCUCAGGAAACAAGUGUUCAAGUCCGGGCUGGGGGCCCAGGGCAUCACGAAGAUAUGCAGUGAAAGUCGGGGCAAGUGGGAAGAGAUGAACAUGGUCGUUGUGGACAUGCCAGAUAUAUUCUCUGAGGAGGGUCACUCGGAUGCCCUGGACAAAGAGGUGCAGAGGCUCUACUGGCUCUCCGCACCAGGCCCCCGUGUUUUGAUCCUGGUGAUGCAGCUCAGCCGGUUCACCACCCAGGACCAGAAGGCUGCAGAGAGAGUGACGGAGAUCUUCGGAGAGGAGGCCCUGGAACACACCAUUAUCCUCUUCACACACAAGGAAGACCUUGGAGGAGACUCCCUGAUGGAAUACAUCCACAGCUCAGAUACCCACAUCCUCCGGGAGCUGGUGGCAGCGUGCGGGGGACGAGUCUGUGCCUUCAACAACGGUGCAAAAGGGGGCGAUCAGGAUGAGCAAAUAAAGGGGUUGAUGGCGGUGAUCCGAGGCCUGGUGAUGGAGAAAGGCGGUAACCACUAUACCGACCCACUGUACGGCCUGGGAACAGCAUCAGAAUGUGGACCCGUGUGGUCAGGGGAAAGGUUGCAGGAUUUCAAAGGGCAUCUGAGAAAGUCCAUGGAGACUCAGCGACGCAGUUCAACCCUGGUCUCUGCCAAGUGCCUAGGAAGAGCUCUGACCAAAAUGCUAGUGUGUCUCUUAUUUUGCCUUCAGUUGUUUGGGAAACUCCUAAUUAUGUUCUGUGGAAUCUCCAAAAUGUGCCCCCUUCCUCUCUGCUUAUUCUUUACUAUGUGCUCUUGGUUCUGUAGCUUCCUGUUAAUUAUACCCAAAAAAUUAAUGAUAAUUUUGAGAAAUACCACUGGACAUGCAAGUGUCCCAGAUCAUACCUUUAUAUCAGUAGUUUAG